AAAACACACGCUAUUGGCGCUUAUUUUGUAUAAACUUCAUCAUCGCACGACUUGUUCUUCUAUUUAAUAAAUGUUUAAAUAGAAAGUUAUGGAUUUUUGGAUUACACGUGAAGGCACCAUUCGGAGGGUGACUGGUUUUCAUUUCGAGAACUCGAAACCGAAACCUAUGCGUGUGCUGGAGUUGACACAGCACACUCGUAUGGGCGCCGACCGCCGAAUAAUUCGGACUCUUAAAUAUAUUUUUUUUACACAUGACGAUUAAUUAACGAUGGAUGCUGACGAUUACGUAGCCAAACUAAACACUUACAUUCAAAGACAUGAUUUGAAACACCACUAUGAAGACGCAGGAACUGAAGGCCCGGAUCACAUUAAAAAAUUUGCCAUAAAAGCUGUUGUCAAUGGUAAGGCCUACCUAGAAGGAGUGGGAAAAAAAAAGAAGGAAGCCAAACAAAAGGCUGCCAAGCAUGCUCUACAGGGCUUAUUGAAAGAGACAGAGAGUGCAUCAGAUUCCUCUGUGGGACUGGUCCAUUCUCAUGAUGAUCAUGUAUCCUGGCUCCAUUCUUACGGUAAAAAAAUCAACAUGCAGAUCACCUGUCACGAGUCCACCAAAGGCACGACUUUUCAAUGUAGAUUUUUGGUUGGAAAGAUUGAGUAUCCGGAUGCAACUGGGACAACAAAGAAGGAAGCUGAGGAAGAAGCUGCAAAACUUGCUUAUCUUAAGAUAAAUGCUUCAGUGACUGGAGAUGAGAAACCCUCUUCUACCUCCAGUCAACAAAUAGAAGACAUGAGGAAAAGUAUAUCGGAGAUUUGUGGCAAGACACACAAUUUGAAGACCAAAGAUGACUUUGUUGAGCCAAAUUUUAUCGGACGCGUCCUCUCCAUCUGUCAGAGAACAAAUCGCAUUCCUAAUUUCAUCGAAAUGGAGAGAUGUGGCCCUCCUCAUGACCUUAGAUUUGUCUUCAAGUUAGUGAUCGAUGGACAACACUACCCUGCGUGUGAGGGGAAGAGUAUUAAGGAAGCGAAGCAAAAGGCUGCUCAGUUGGCCUUAUCUGACCUUUGUAAGGGUUUGGACAGUGAGACUGGAGAUGAGAAACCCUCUUCUACCUCCAGUCAACAAAUGGAAGACAUGAAGAAAAGUAUAUCAGAGAUCUGUGACAAGACACACAAUUUGAAGGUCGAAGAUGACUUUGUUGAGCCAAAUUUUAUUGGACGCAUCCUCUCCAUCUGUCAGAGAACAAAUCGCGUUCCUAAUUUCAUCGAAAUGGAGAGAAGUGGCCCUUCUCAUGACCCUAGAUUUGUCUACAAGUUAGUGAUCGGUGAUCAACACUAUUCUGCGUGUGAGGGGAAGAGUAUUAAGGAAGCCAAGCAAAAGGUUGCUCGGUUGGCCUUAUCUGAACUUCAAAAGGGUUUGGACAGUGAGGUUUCACCUUCUCGUGCCAAUAAUCCACCAACCAACCGGGAUUCCUCAGCCAAUAAGUCCCCUAAUGUUCAGUUAAAGAGCCCAUCUACAAACAUCUCAAAUCGCUUUGUUGAUUCUUCUCCCAAAAUUCAGGGUAAAAGUCCAGACUGCAAACCUAAAGUAAAAAUUGCAGCAAAUUUUCCAGAUAGGUGCCAACAAAAGGACGCGAAGAGCGCAGCUGUCAAAGGGGACCAUACCUCGAGGUUCAAGGAGGACUUUGAUGUGAUAGAACACCUUGACAAUGGAAGUUUUGGACAUGUUUUAAAGGCUAAACACAAGUUGGAGGGAAAGUACUAUGCUGUAAAAGCCGUGUCUUAUAUAGAUAACUGUCUGCGUGAGGUGUUGGCUCUAUCAGACUUUCAACACGACAACGUUGUGAGAUACUACACAUGUUGGUUGGAAGACGGUGCUUACCAGUCUUCCAGUGCAGGUCGCUCUUCCUGUCCCUUCUGUAGGUCUCCACCGAAGAAGACCCUUUAUAUUCAGAUGGAGUUGUGUGAAACCGAAACUCUCCGUAUCUGGAUAGACGAUAAGAAUGAAAAGAACGUGGAGCGUUCACAAAGAAGACAGGACAGCCUUGCCAUUGCAAAGCAAAUAGUGAGUGGCGUCGAGUACAUUCAUUCCAAAAUGUUUUUUCACAGAGAUCUGAAGCCUGCCAACAUCCUGUUUGGGCCAGGAGAAGUCAUUAAGAUUGGGGAUUUUGGCCUAGUUGCUGACAAUGAGAGAAAAGAGAGAAGCGGAAACCCGGGAACCCCGAGUUAUAUGGCGCCUGAGCAGAAAUACAAGAACAUCUACGACCAGAAAGUGGACAUAUUUGCUUUGGGUCUCAUUUUUUUCGAGCUCUUCUGGCAAAUCCAUACCAUGAAUGAAAGGGGAAGGCUUUGGGAUGAUAUCAGAAAUAAGAGACUUCCUGCAGAGUUUACACGUCAUUUCCCUGCAGAGGACCAAAUGAUUAAGGCGAUGCUUAAUUUGAAACCAGAAGACCGGCCUGAAGCAAGUCAACUCAAGGCCGACCUUGAGGCGUGUGCUCGUGUACUAAUGCUUAAUGUUAACGACAGAAACACUGUCUAACACACAUUUUAAUCGUCAUGAAUGAUGAGGCGAAAUGGUGCGCAGUGGGUUCCAAUCUCGGCUCAGACGUCUCAGUGUGGAUUUAACAGGUUCUUCCAGAGCUUGGGUAGCUUUCUUUUCACAUCAUAUGCAUCUUAGGUUCUUUGGUGACUCUAAAUUAUCCAUAAGUGUGAAUAUGAUUGCUUGUUUAUGUGUCGUGUGAUCAGGCUAAAUUUGCAAACACGAAUGAGGAAUUAUUUUC